CGUGUAUCAUACACAAAAUCAGACCAGUGUCGUACGGUCGUCGGGACGAUUUGUAAUAUUCUUCGUAGGCAUCCGUCGUCGUCUCUCGCAAAUCUUUCAGGACGUCGGCGGCAUCGCUAACGGGAACGACGUCCGAAAAUAACGCGCGAACGCAGAAAGAACACAUCCAUAAACCCCACAUAACGACGUAAUGCAUUUUAAAUUUAUAAACGUCAUUCUUUUCAUCUUUUAUUUCGCCGGCACUCUCGCGGCUUCCGAAGACUGCGAACCUCUUCCGGAUGAAAGUUGUUUAGAUGAUGACAAUGCAGAGUGCGCCCUUUUUUGUGAUAAAGAUAAUUGUACUGUUAAUGUUUCUGUUGUUUUACCCAAUAAUACAUUGUAUAUUGUUAAUUUAGAAGCUGGUAUGAAUCAGCUAAAACAAGCUGCUGAUGACAUCAAGACGUUGGGAGUGUUGCCUGAAUAUGUAAAUUUUGCGUUUGAAGCGUUUGAUGAUAAAUGUCAAGCAGAAUAUGCAACGCUGGCGAGUUUAAAAGGGGGUUGUAACCACUUGAUAGUUGGUCCGAUUUGCGACUAUUGCUCAGCUAGUGUUGGUCGAAUAGUAAAAUAUUUAAAACCGUAUGGUACCCCAUUAAUAACACCAGGAGGUUUUGUAUUUGAAUUCACCGCCGACAAAAGUACUUGUGCAGACGAAUAUUAUUUAAUGGCUAAUUCUGGAGCCUUAGAUUACGUUUCAAUAACACAAUUUAUCGUUAGUUUAGUUCUAGAAUAUGGAUGGAGAUCUUUCGCUUUAAUGUACGAACGCAAUGAUUUUGAAGAAGUAGGCGGACAAAAGGCCUGCUAUCUUUUGAUGAGUACCGUAAUUGAAAAUAUCAAAAAACUGAAUGUAUCAUUAGAUUAUAACGAUGGCGACAUUAAUAGCUUAAAAUUAAAUUAUGAAGAGUAUCUUAAAAAGACAAUAGGAGUUAAAUAUGGAAUUAUUUUAGUUUGUGCAAAUCACACGAAUACAAGAAGAGUACUUCUAGAUGCACACAAUUUGAAUAUGAUGGAAAAACGUGAAUACGUUUUUUUCAAUUUCGCUUUAUAUAACGACGCUGAAGAUCCUUCUAGACCUUGGUAUAGUUCAAAUGAUACUCAUGAAAAUAAUGAGCGUGUGCAGACAAGUUAUAGAUCUGUUUUUACUUUUACUCCUUAUAAUGAAGCGAUUCCCGAAGUUGGUUUAGAAAGAAGAGGUUCCUAUUUAUUAGAUGGGAUGUAUAAUGGACUGUUUAUGUUUGCGCAUAGUUUGAAUCAUACGUUAAAUGAUAAAAUUAUUUCGACUUCUGAUAAAAAGUUUAUUCGUGGAAAUGAGAUCGUUAGUAAUAUGAGAGGAAAAGUUUUUAAAGGUGUACGAGACGAGGAGGUUGAAAUUAAUUGUAACGCUCAACGAAUCGGGAAAUAUGCCAUGUUGCAAUAUGAUUCGUCCGGAACUCCUGACAUUGUAGCUGAAUAUUUUACUGGUAAAAGCGUAACUUUUUUAAAAAAUAUUGAUUGGCCCACGGGAAGCGUACCUUUAGAAACACCGACGUGUGGAUAUGACAAUUCAAAAUGUCCAAGUAAAAUAAAUGUUUGGUUAAUUGUAAUUUGUAUAUUUCUUGGAAUUGCAUUGUUAAUAUUUACGUAUUAUUUAUAUAGACAUUAUAAACUUGAAAGUGAAUUGGCUCUGAUGUCAUGGAAAGUAGCGUGGGCUGAAAUAUUUUUUUAUCCGGUCACAAAAAACCGUUCCAGUUUAUAUUCAAUGGGAUCACUAAAUAAAUACGGCAGUGAAAAAAGUUUUGAUCAUGAUGGUUUCAGUUUAGCAGGAGAUAUUCAAAUGUACACAAACAUCGCUUUAUAUAAAGGGCAAAGAGUUGCAAUUAAACGAAUAAGAGAUGUUAAAAUAGAAUUAAAUCGAUCACAAUUAUUACAUUUAAAAUGCAUGAAAGAUUUAUCUCAUAAUCACAUCGUAAAAUUUUACGGCCUUUGUUUGGAAUCGCCAAGUCCAUGCGUUUUAACCGAAUAUUGUUUAAGAGGAAGUUUACAAGACAUUUUAGAAGACGAAAAAGUUAAAUUAGACAUGGUGUUUCGCAUGUCAUUAAUACACGAUAUCGUAAAAGGAAUGUUGUACUUACAUCAAAGCGAUAUAAAGAUUCACGGAUCAUUAAAAUCGCCAAACUGCGUUGUUGACAGUCGAUUUGUUCUAAAAAUCACCGACUUUGGUUUACAUUUUUUAUCAAAAUGCAACGAUGGGUCUAUUGAUGAAGAAAGCCAUUCGUUUUGGCAACGACAACUUUGGACAGCACCCGAGUUAUUAAGAUCUAAUAGUCCGGGUACACAAAAAGGCGAUGUUUAUUCAUUUGCAAUUAUUGUACAUGAAAUUUUAACAAGGGAAGGUGUUUUUUUUAUUGGACAUGAUGUUUCUUUGUCACCGAAAGAAAUAGUAGAAGCUGUAAAAAAUGGUGUUGAAGGUUCGUCUCAACCUUUAAGGCCUAUGAUACUUGAUAACACAUGCGAUGAAGAAGUAGCAAAAUUAAUGAGAAAAUGUUGGGCUGAAGAUUCAGCUGAUAGACCAGAUUUCACAGCAUUAAAAAAUAUCGUACGCAAAUUAAACAAAGAUUAUGACAAUGGAAGCAUCUUAGAUAAUCUUUUAUCACGUAUGGAACAAUACGCAAACAAUCUGGAGACUUUAGUUGAAGAAAGAACGGCUGAUUACUUAGAAGAAAAGCGGAGAUGCGAAGAAUUACUUUAUCAGUUAUUACCAAAAACGAUAGCUAUGGAACUUUUAACGGGGAAGAAUCUUAUAGCGGAGAUCUUUGAUGAAGUCACCAUUUAUUUCAGUGACAUCGUUGGUUUUACGGUACUUUCCGCCUCGAGUACACCUCUCGAAGUCGUGAAUUUACUCAACGAUUUGUACACGUGCUUUGAUUGUAUCAUCGAAAACUUUGACGUCUACAAAGUUGAAACUAUAGGGGACGCAUACAUGGUUGUGUCCGGCUUACCAGAUCGAAACGGAAAAAUGCACGCCGCUGAAAUAGCCAGAAUGUCAUUACAACUUUUAAAAGCCGUCAAAUCAUUCACCAUCAAACAUCGACCAGACGAACCAUUAAAACUUCGAAUCGGAAUGCAUACAGGACCUUGCGUGGCCGGGGUUGUUGGUCUCAAAAUGCCCCGAUAUUGUCUAUUUGGGGACACCGUCAAUACAGCAUCUAGAAUGGAAUCUAAUGGACUCCCAUUUAGAAUACAUCUUAGUUCUGCCACUAAAAAUGUUUUAGAUACUUUUGGUACAUUUAAAUUAGAAUGUCGGGGUGAAAUUGAUAUUAAAGGUAAAGGUAAAAUGACAACUUGGUGGCUUUGCGAUGAAGAAAUAAAAGCGGAAAAUAUAAUAAAACCUGAAUUAACAACAAGCGUGUCAUCGGUUGUAACAACAAAAUCGAUUGAUACGCAAUCAUCUGAAAAUUCAUUUGCGAGCAGUGUAAAUUAUUUGGCUGCGAUGACUUCGAAUCAUUACUCGUCGUCUCAUCCGGAUAAAGGAGAAGAAGCGGGUAUUCCUUUGUUAUCGGUGACGUCGAAUGAAUAAAAAAAUGAACCAAAAAUUAAAAAAAAAAGCUUACUUUACACGUAUCAAAACGCUUGACUGUUAUAUAGAGACGUAGAAAAUAGUAUAAUAGAAAAGUUUCCUAGAAAAUAUUUUUUUUACGGUUUUCAAGGAAGCUGAUAGACUAUAUACAAAGUGGACCAUUUUUCUUAAAUGUAUUUUUACGAAUUUUGUGUGUUAUUUAUUUUUUUUAACUGUGCCAAAGAAACAUUUAUUUUUUUUUGCAUUCUCAAAGUAGUAUCUACGUCGAAGAAAAGAUUUGUGAUUUUAUUAAAAGUUUAAUAGUGGAGAGUAAGCGUGCGCGUACCUGUUCGUUAAAAAAAAUUAAACUUAGAUACUAUUUUGAAUCGUUGUAAUAUAGCAAAUAAUAUUUAUUGUUAGUGUUUAAAUUAUUUAAUAAAUAUUUAUUUAAUUGUUACUGAUUAGUUAAAAAUAACACAAAAAAACGAUAAAAAAAAUUUGUGCUCUCUUUCACCCAAUUUCAUGUGUUAGCUACAAAUCCAAUUAUAUCUUAAACUCAAUGUCUAAUAGAAAUAUAAAAUUUGUGUAAUUAUAAAAAAAAUUAUUUUCAAAUUUAAGUUUUUUUGUUGCACAACGAUCUAUGUCGUAUAUAUAUAUAUCCGCACAUCUCAUUGUUAUUACUAUUAUUAGUUUUUUAAGUCUCAACGCUUAUUUUAUUCGCACAAGAAUCCGACUUGUAUAUUUGUAAUUUAUAAAAUUUUAUUUAAACGUAAUUGUAUCAAUAAAGGAAUAUAACAAUUACCAAAACUACAAA